AAAAGAGGAGACACUUGGGCAUAGAAGUUAAGAGCGAGUUAACUUGUGGAGAGGAUCAGCCAUCAGCAGAAUUCUCGAAAAAGGGUUCACCGUAAAGAUACUACGACACAGGACGAGAAAAAAAAGAAAAAGAUGUGUGACUCAGAGGUUCCAAUCACCAUUGCAAUGCCAUCAGACAUCCUCUUUACGGAGCAGGAUGACAGAAUGAGCCCUGGUCCUGUCUUUGCAUUUGUCAAGGCUCUGAAGGCAGUGAAUGAUAUUCUGAGAAAGGAGUAUCCUGACAGUAAAGAGCUCUUUAGGGUCCUUCUCAUCAGUGACAAAAAAUCUGAUUCACUCAAAACAGCCAUCAGGGAACAUGAGAUGGAAGAACUCAUAACUCCCGAGCCUGUGAGCCCAAGCCAGUAUCUUAUUGAUAAACUGAAGCGAGAAAGAACUCACCUGUACCUGGCAUCUGAACAGUCAAAGGCUGAGGAAGCCGCAAACGCAAGUAUAGCAGCGGCUACUGUGUUCAUUCCAGAAAACAUGGAACAAGUGUCAGAGGAAGAGCUGCGAGUUGUCUUUGAUGGCGAUGCUGGGCUCUUCUCUAACCAGUCAGAACGUGUCUUCCAGACAGAGGAACUGCAGGGGUUUUUGGAACAUGAGAGGGAAAAUGUUGAAAUCCCAAUGAAUGAGGGACCAUUCAAAGGAUUCUUGGAGGCUUUAGAGAAGCUAAAGAAAAAGUGGGAUUUAAAUACAAAGUGCCCCAUUCGUAGCUACCUUGUGACAGCUCGCAGUGCAGGCUGUGGUGGGUACAGAGCCCUGAACACCCUGCUCAGCUGGCACCUGGAAAUGGAUGAGGCUGUGUUUUUAGGGGGGCCUGGGAAAGGUCCUACACUGGAAAAAAUCAAACCUCACAUUUUCUUUGAUGACCAGAUGCGUCACGUUAAAGCUGCAUUGAAGGUUGGCACACUGGCAUGCCUGGUACCUGAGUCAAGAGCUCAACAUAACUGAAAACAUUGAUGUUCUCACACUGACGGAAAAAUAUCACAAAUAAAUACCUAUAAACCUA